CUCCCUAGGGUUCUGUAAGAACAGUCUGCCAGUCAGAGCUGGGCAGGUAGGAGACAAGAGAGUGGCUACAAUGACGUCAGCAGUCCUGGUGGACAUCCGAGAUGAGGUCACCUGCCCUAUCUGCUUGGAGCUCCUGACAGAACCCCUGAGCAUAGACUGUGGCCACAGCUUCUGCCAGGCCUGCCUCAUGGGGACUAGUGACAAGUCAGUGCUCAGCCAAGAAGGGAAGAGCAGCUGCCCUGUGUGCCGGACCACCUACCAGCCUGGCAACCUCCGCCCUAAUCGACACCUGGCCAUCAUAGUGAAGAGACUCAGAGAGGUCGUGUUGGGCCCCGGAAAGCAGCUCAACGUCAUUCUUUGUGCACUGCAUGGAGAGAAACUCCAGCUCUUUUGCAAGGAAGACGGGAAGUUAAUUUGCUGGCUUUGUGAGCGAUCUCAGGAGCACCGCGGGCAUCACACAUUCCUCAUGGAGGAGGUGGCCCAGGAGUACCAGAACAUGUUCCAGGAGUCUCUGAAGAAGCUGAGGAAGGAGCAACAGGAAGCUGAGAGGCUGAGAGCUCUUAUCCAAGAGAAGAGGGCAUCCUGGAAGAAUCAGGUAGAGCCUGAGAGACACCGGAUCCAGACAGAGUUUAAGCAGCUGCGAAGCAUCCUGGACAGGGAGGAGCAGCGGGAACUGAAGAAACUGGAAAUGGAAGAGAGGAAGGGGCUGAGCAUCAUCGAGAAGGCCGAGGGUGACCUGAUCCACCAGAGCCAGGCACUGAAAGAUCUCAUCUCUGACCUGGAGCACCGGUGUCAGGGGUCCACAGUGGAGCUGCUGCAGGAUGUGAGUGACGUCACAAAAAGGAGCGAGUUCUGGACCCUGAGGAAGCCCCAAGCCCUCCCCACCAAGCUGAAAAGUUUGUUUCGAGCACCGGAUCUGAAGAAGAUGCUGAGAGUCUUUAGAGAGCUGACCGACGUCCAAAGCUACUGGGUGGACGUGACCCUGAAUCCACAGACGGCUAACUUAAAUCUCGUCCUGUCUAAGAACCGGCGGCAGGUGAGGUUUGUGGGUGCCAAGCUGUCCGAGCCGUCCUGUCUGGAAGAACAUUAUGACUGUAGUGUCCUGGGCUCUCAGCACUUCUCCUCAGGAAAAUACUACUGGGAGGUGGAUGUGGCCAAGAAGACAUCUUGGAUCUUGGGCGUAUGCAGUUCCCCAGUGGAACCCAUGUUCUCCUUCAGCCAGUACCCCAGCCAGCAGAGUGCCUGCUCUAGGUACCAGCCCCAGAGCGGCUACUGGGUGAUCGGGCUGCAGCAUACACACGAGUACAGGGCCUAUGAGGACUCCUCCACCUCCCUGCUCCUCUCCAUGACGGUGCCGCCCCGCCGCAUAGGGGUUUUCUUAGACUAUGAGGCUGGCACCGUCUCCUUUUAUAAUGUCACAAACCAUGGCUUGCCCAUCUACACCUUCUCCAAGUAUUACUUCCCUACUUCCCUUUGUCCCUAUUUUAAUCCCUGCAGCUGUGUAGUCCCAAUGACCCUGCGGCGCCCGAGCUCUUGCCUGGUGGAUUACCCUGUCGGAAGAAGAGCCUCAGAAGUUAGGACAGGAAGAAAAGGGAGCAGUAUAAUGGCUUCAACCAUUGCAGUGAGUGUACAGAAGGAGGCCACUUGCUCUGUCUGCCAAGAGCUUUUGAAAGAACCCCUGAGUCUAGGCUGUGGCCACAGUGUAUGCCAAGCCUGCCUCACCAUGAACAAGGAUGCAGUGAUCAACCCGAGAGGGCACAACAACUGUCCUGCGUGUGGUACUAGAUUCUCAUUUGAAAAGCUACAGGCUGGUCAGCAUCUGACAGGUGGACUGGACAGACUCAGGGAAGUCAACUUGAACCCUGACAUUGGGAAAAAGAAAGAUCUCUGUACACACCAUGAAGAGAAACUCCUCCUCUUCUGUAAGGAAGACAGGAAGGUAAUUUGCUGGGUUUGUGAACGUUCUCAGGAGCAUCGUGGUCACCACACCUUCCUCCGAGAGGAUGCAGCCAAGGAAUAUCAGGAGAAUCUCCAGAAAGCUCUCAAGAGGCUGAGGAAGGAGCAGGGGUUGGCGAUGACAUUGCAAGCUGACAUAAGAGAAGACAGAAUUUCCUGGAAGUUCCAGAUCCAGAGUGAGAGACAAAGGAUACAAAAGGGCUUUAAUCAGCUUAGAAGAAUCCUGGACAUUGAGGAACAGAGAGAGCUGAGAAGACUAGGGAAAGAGGGGCAGACGAUACUGGACAGCCUGGCAGAGGCUGAGGCUGAGCUCACUCAGCAGACCCAGUUGCUGGAGGAACUUAUCUCGGACCUGGAGCGUCGGUGUCAAUGGUCAGAGGUGGAGCUGCUACAGGAUAUGAGCGGCAUCUUGAAAUGGAGUCAGAUCUGGACACUGAAGAAGCCAAAAGCUGUUUCUAAGAAACUGAAGACGGUAUUCCAAGUUCCUGAUCUCAGUGGCAUGCUACGGAAGUUUAGAGACCUAACAGCUGUCCGUGGCUACUGGGCGGACUUCACAUUUAAUCCAGAAAACCUAAAUUUGAAUCUUACUCUUUCAGAAGAUCACAGACAAGUGACAUCUGUGCCCAUUUGGCCACUUAAGUGCUAUAAUAAUGGUAUCUUGGGCUCCAAAUGUUUCUCCUCAGGAAGAUAUUACUGGGAAGUGGAUGUGUCUAAGAAGAACGCCUGGAUCCUGGGGGUUUACACUAGAAAACGUACUUUAAAGUUUCAUGUUAGAAGAGGCAAAACUCAGCCAAGUGUUUACCACAGAUACAAACCUCAGAACGGAUACUGGGUGAUAGGGUUACAGGAUGGAUCCAAGUACAGCAUCUUUGAGGGUUCUCCCAACUGUAACCCAACAGUUCUGAUCCCUGUUGUGGCUGUCCCUCUCCAUCGGGUUGGGGUUUUCCUUGACUGCGAAGAGGGUGCAGUGUCCUUCUUCAAUGUCACAAACCAUGGGUCACUCAUUUACAAGUUCUCUCAAUGCUGCUUCUCCCAGCCUGCUUAUCCAUACUUCAAUCCGUGGGACUGUCCAGCCCCCAUGACCCUGUGUCCUCCGAACGCCUGAGUUUUCUCAUUCUCAUCAGUUUCCAGUCUUCUCGCCUUGAUGCCCACCUUCGUCUAGACAUACCUGUGCCAUUCGAGCACCCCUUUCCAUGGUCUCCCUUUUGUCAUGUUUAGAUCUGGUAUAUCUGGCGUCCUUCAGGAGAGAUGCUUAC